UGGAUCGACGAGCUAACUAGAAGGUAGAAACUACUAGAUUCGACACAAACACCAGAAAGAGAAGGAUAUUAUAGUUUCACUGUGUCCCUAAUACGUAUGAGGAGGGGUCCGAUUCAUGAUGAUGAUGAUGAUCAUCAUGAUGCUGCUGUUGCGAGGAAGGGGAGGGUGGUCACAGCCACCGGGGGUUGGCCGGAACUGAUCCGCUGUACCACGACAACACCACCGCCUUCACGGCUUCCGCCUAUCCUUCUGGACGAGCUUAUAGAGGAAAUACUGCUGAGGAUUCCGGCGAGGUCUCUUGUUCGAUUGAGGGACAGAAUCUGCAGUUCAUGGAGAACCCUAAUUUCCAGUUCCCAAUUCGCCAAGCAGCACCUUCGACGUUCAACGACGGUGGAUCCAACCUUGACCCCCCCACUUAUUGCCUACUAUUGCAUUGGCUACGCAUGCCCGACAAUAGGAGUUUUCUCCGUGCCAUCUCCGGUGGAGAACCCUCCCCAUGAACCCACUAAAGUAGUUCCCUAUAAGGGACGACGCCCCCGCUCCAUCAUUGACUCUUGCAAUGGAUUACUUUGCUUGUAUAAUGUAGAGCGUGACGACGGAGGAUUGCGCCAUGGUGCCAUGCUGUGGAACCCCUGCAUCGGAUCCACAUCUCAGCCGGUUGAAAUCGGAGGUCCCUUAUCCGUUAGCGGAUUUGGUUAUGAUCAUGUGAAUGACAAGUACAAGCUUUUCGGGAGAGUAUAUAAGAAAUCAGGCGAAUAUGUCAGCAGAAUUAUCACAUUCGGCCCAAAUAUUACCUGGAGAACAAUUGAGGAUUUCUCAUGUAGCAUGCCUAGCCCACACGGGACGUUUUCUCUGGUAUCGUCUGUUGGGAUUUUUGUGAAUGGCACUGGCACUCUUAAUUGGAUUUUUCACGAUUGUUUUAGGUAUGUCGUGGUUCGUUCCCUUGACUUGGUGAAAGAGACUUAUAAUCAGUUUCCCCUUCCCGAUAGGGAUUUAGAUGAUGAUUGCUUUAUGAGUCCCCAUUUGUGUAUCUUGAGGGGCUGCCUUGCUGCUUGUUAUGAGAAUAAGAGAACUCAUUGGACUGUCUGGCUGAUGAAGGAGUAUGGAGUCCCUCAAUCUUGGACUAAAUUGGUCGUAAUCCCCCACCACCCGCUACUCGUUAAUCCACUGGCAGGCUCUCCAUUACAGCCAAUCUACAUAUUCAAAAAUAAUGUUCUUCUGGCAAAAGCUCCCAAUCACAAGUUUGUUUUGUUGAACUUGAAUGAUGGCAGCAUAGAUUUUCCUAAUAUUGACAGCUCAAAUGAUGGCAUGCCCAAACUUCGUCCUUUGUCGAAGGGUUUAAGUUCAAGGAACUUUCAACUAUGUCAUGAAAGCUUAGUUUCACCCUCACACCUUGGUCUUCAAAGUUGCUCAUCUGAAAUGCGCUUGGUUAAGCCAAGCCUAUAAUCUCUUUAACAAGGUUUGCUUUUCGGCUACUCUUUUAACAUCCUUUUGGUGAAGGAUUUCCUACACUUAACUGUUGAAUCCAUAACUUGAUUAUCAUUAUUGUAUUGCCCUGUUUUUUGUGAAAUGGGCCUAUUUUAUAGGCUCUGUCCUCUUUAGGAUUAGCAAGUUGGCAUCACAGUAUUUAAUAAUGUUUUGUGAUCAGGUGCAUUGUGAAUCUGGUUACACGAUGUAUUUUGCUUUAUUAGAAUAUGUAUUUAUCAUGAGAUGCCUGUCUAGUUAAGGUUUGUAUCAGUUUGUUUUCACAAACUGGGAAUCUGCAGAGGUUCACGAGCAAGUGCUAUGUAAUGCCAUAUUUAACAUGGUAAUAUCCCAUCUUUGCUGAAAUUAAUUUAUUAGAGAACUAAUUCGAAUGUAA